CUCACGUGUCUGCCAAGGUCCCUUCGAAUGUCAAAUCACGGCACCGUCGUUGACAGAGAUAAUUGUGAGUCUCUUCGCCGACCCAGCCUCUCUGUAAAGAUGCAACGUAGCCUGAGAAAAAUGAGAAAGAGUAUCCAAAAAAUUACUGAGAGCAUCCAAGAGGAUGACAAACAUUCAUUGUACAUCUUCCCUGAGCAACUCUCCACCUUAACUUGGCGCACCGGGUUCUCCAAAGAUCAAAUUCGUAAAUUAUAUCGUGCCUUCAAGCAGUUAUGCCCCAGGGGAUGCGCAACAUCCAAUGAUUUGAAGCCCGCGUACAUCAAACUGUUUCCACUUGGCGAUCCGGCUAGAUAUGCGCAAAUUGUGUUCAACAGCUUCGAUAGAGACGGCGAUGGCAUCGUUAGUUUCAGCGAUCUUCUCAGAGCCAUGACAUUGAUCAUUAACGGCAACGUAGACCAGAAGCUCUCCUGGAUAUUCGAGUUUUAUGAUCUAAACGGCGACGGUUGUAUUACGAAAGAGGAAAUGCUGAUCAUAGUAUCCGCAAUUUACGAGAUGGUGCAGAAUGUACAAACCAUUCAGUCCGUGGUUAACAAGCAGGUGGACAGGUUUUUUGAGAAAAUGGACGCGAAUAAAGACGGUAUAGUUUCCAGAGAAGAAUUCAUAAGCGGUUGUAAAAAUGUAUGAGACUAUAUCACACUAAAAGAAUAACGUUAUUCAUAUUUGACACUAGAAGGGUCUUAUUUAAAGUUUUGCCCACACAAAAUACGAUUUUAUAUAAAAUUCAAGAACAAAACAAAGAAUUAAAUAAUUUUUAAACUAAUAAGAAAAUUAUAUUUAAACUCAUUAUACAAACUCAAAUGUAAUAAUAAAAUGUAAUAAUCUAUGAAUUCUUUUUUUGUAAUAUUUUGAGAUGUGACAUUCAUCUUUAAUAACGACAUCUUUUAUCAGAUGUAUUUAAACUUUUCCACAGUAAAAUUACAAAUUUUACAUUAUUAAUAUUAAUAUCGAUAAAAAAUUUGUUAAAAAUGUAUUUUAUGGUCUUGCUAUUACACCUUCUAAUGUUAAAAUUCAGCAUAAUAUAAUAGGACUUAUUUUAAUACAGUGAUAUAAAAAUAUAAAAAUGUGUGUAUCCAAAUAUUUCAUAAAAAUUCUAUUUUUUUCAGGAUGCUAUUAUAUACAACCAGUUAUUUUCAUUUAACAAUAUCUGGUGAUGGAAUGAAAAUGACUUUAAAAGAGAGAAAGAUUAAUAAACAACUUAUAUAUAAAGUUAUUAAAAUAUUUAUAAAAGUCCACAUCCACUAUCCUUUUUUUACUCUUGAAGAGAGUACGCAUAUCGUAAUAUUUCCUCUUCCACUACUAUCACCUUAUAUUACAAGAAUUUAUAUUUGUAUUAAAUCAAUAGUAGGA